CCAGGCUGGAGUGCAGUGGCAAGAUCUCAGCUCACUGCAGCCUCCGCUUCUGGGGUUCAAGCAAUUGUCCUGCGUCAGCCUCCUGAGUAGCUGGGAUUACAAGCGCAGACCACCACGCCUGGCUAAUUUUUGUAUUUUUAGUAUAGACGGGGUUUCACCAUGUUCGCCAGGAUAGUCUCUAUCUCUCAACCUCGUGAUCCGCCUGCCUCAGCCUCCCAAAGUGCUGGGAUUACAGGCGUGAGCCACCGCGCCCGGCCAAAAUAUAUAACCUUAAGUGUAAGUUUACUAAUUUUGGAAAGUACGUACACCAGCAUAACCCAACCCCCAUUCAAGAUCUACAUUAUUUUAUUUUUAUUAUUUUUAUUUUUAUUUUAUUAUUAUUAUUAUUUUGAGACAGAGUUUCUCCCUUGUUGCCCAGGCUGGAGUGCAAUGGCACAAUAUCCCUUGUUGCCCAUUGGGGUGCAGUGGCACAAUAUCAGCUGACCGCAACCUCUGCCUCCCAGGUUCGAGCAAUUCUCCUGCCUCAGCCUCCCGAGUGGCUGGGAUUACAGCCGUGUGCCACCACGGCCAGCUAAUUUUGUAUUUUUAGUAGAGAUAGGGUUUCUCCAUGUUUGACCUUGAGGAACCCUGGGAGCUCAGGAAGGAAGGAGUGCCCAGAAGCAGGGACAGGGAGCUGGUUGGGGAGGACCAGAAAUCAGGUUUGUGAAGGUUCCAGAGAGGACCUGUCCUUGGGAGGAGCGUGGGGGGCUGAGAUGGGGGAGGGGGCGUUGGAAUGGCGGGGCGCACGCGGACCAUCCAUUGUGAGGCAGCACCACCGGCAUCAGGGAUUGGUGGAGAGGGAGUAUAAAAUCCUAGGGUUGCUAAGAGACGGCCCAGACCGAAGAAGGUUUGGCAGUUGGGCGGAAAGCAGAACCUUGGUCUCCAUCUAACUGCUCCUAAGCCUUACGCUCCCUUGCCCUGCACGUCCUGUUGGUACUGAUUGACCUUCUCUGUGACCUGUAGCUAAACCUUCCACCAGCGCUUGAGAACUUAAUUUGAACCGGAUCCUUUCCCAGACCCCUUUCUCCUCCUCCUCCUCCUCCUCUUCCACCUCCAGGUGCCCAACAGCCCCCUUCUCUUCCUUUCCCUUCCCUUCCCUCCCCUCCCCUCCCCCUUCCCUCUGCCUCCCUGUCCCCUUCCCCUUCCCUCCCCCCGCCCUAAGCCACCCCUGCCUCUUUCCUGGCUGCCUCAGGGCGCCCUGAGAGGACCAGGACAUGCCAGUGUGGUGGCUGCUCUUUUGGCUCCUCCUGCUGGGAUUUAUCAGCCAUCACCCCACCUAUGUUAUCAAUUCUGUGCCUGAUGAUUUUCAUCCUGGGACUGACUUUUGUGGAAUUCCUUGGAUAGUUAUCAUUAUUGUGUUUCUGGGAAUUUCUACACUUGCCAUUUUCCUCUGGAAAACUAGCCUUUGUGUGUCUUUCCUCAAGACUGUCUUAAAGUCACAAAAUGUACAUGACGGAUCCAAGGAUGUACAGCGGAAAGCCUGGAGGUGCAAUAGCCGUAGCCGGGAAGGAAUUAAAAUUGGCCUGGAAGACCUCUUUACUUCAUGGAGACAUAUGGAAGCCAAAGUUCGAGCUGAAGUCCAUAAGGUGACAAGGAAGGUCAACAGUCAUUACAAAAUCAAUGGACAGAGGAAGACUGCCAAGGAAGAGAAACAAAAUAUGAAAGAAUGUGAGCAAGCAGAAAACAGGAGGCAGCUAUCAGAGGCAGAGGAGAAUGGGAAAUUGGAUAUGAAAGAAAUACACACCUACCUGAAACUGUUUCAACGCAUGCAAGAGUUGCGGCGGCGGGCAGAGGACUACUACAGAUGCAAAAUCGCCCCUUCUGCAAGAAAGCCUCUUGCCAACUCACUCUGUGCUCAAGCCUUGCAAAGGGGGAUGGCAGAGAGGAAGGCUGCCUACAAGCAGCACAGGUGUGAAAUGAGGCAAAAGCAGAGAGUGCCAGAGAGACACAUGAGUCAGGAGCCAGUCCAGGGACGACCGGGCCUAGAGAAACCUUUCCGGAGGGAUUCAGGACCUCAUUCGGUUCCCAUGAGGAAUAGCAGCGGCGUCCAAGCUGAAAACACAGAGAAGACAAAGGUCAGGAUGGCGGCAGUGGAGCACCAUCAUUCCUCAGGAUUGCCCUACUGGCCCUACCUCAUGGCUGAAACUUUAAGAAAAAGGAUGGGCCACAAGCUACCUCCUCCAACUCAGUGUUAUCUGAGAGGUCAACCACGUCCAUCAGUUAAAGGGUGUCUGAGACCUCUGAGUCUUUCUCGACUACAGUGUCCACUAGGACCUCAACCACAUUCUACAACUGAUGAUUUUCUGAGAAGAGAGACACCUCAAGACGAGUGUGCCCUGGGACCUGAACCACUUCCUCGAGCUGAUGAUUUUCCGAGACUCAAGACACCUCCCAAGGGUCUUUUCAUACCAAUUUCCCUUUCUCCAGUUGAUGAUUCGCUGAGACUCAAGAUACCUCCCGAGUGUCUUCUGGUACUCCUUCCACCUUCUCCAGUUGAUGAUUUUCUGAGACCACAAACACCUCCCGUCCAGUGUCACCUGAGACCUGUACCAUUUCAUCGAGCUGAUGAUAUCAGGAGACUCAAGAAACCUCCUGACUGUUUUUUCGCACCCCUUCCACCUUCUCCAAUUGAUGAUUUUCUGACACCACAGACACCUCCGGUCGAGUGUCACCUGGGACCUCUACCGUUUCCUCGAGCUGAUGAUUUUAGGAGACUCAAGACACCUCCCGACUGUUUUUUUGUACCUCUUCCAUCUUCUCCAGUAGAUGAUUCUCUGAGCCUCCAGACAGCGCCUGAGUGUCUUCUGGCACCUCUUCCACCUUCUCCGGUUGAUGACUUUGUGAGACCACAGACAGCUGCCGUCCACUCUCGCCUGCGACCUGGACCAUUUUCUAAAGCUCAUGAUAUUCGGAGACUCAAGACUCCUCCCGACUGUCAUUUCGAACCUCUUCCACCUCCUCCAGUUGAUGAUUAUCUGAGCCUCAAGAUACCCCUCGAGUGUCUUCUGGUACCUCUUCCACCUUCUCCAGUUGAUUUUCUGACAGCACCGAUACCUCCUGUCCACUCUCACCUGGGACCUGGACCAUUUUCUCAAUCUGAUCAUUUUCCGAGACUCGAGACACCUCCCAAGUGUUUUCCAUACCUCUUCCACCUUCUCCAGUCGAUUCUGUGAGCCUCAGGAUACCUCCUGAGUGUCCUCUGGUACCUCUUCCACCUUCUGCAGUUGAUGAUUUACUGACACCAGACUCCUCCUGUCCACUGUCACCUGGGACCUGUACCAUUUCCUCGAGCUGAUGAUUUUAGUUGAAACAAGAUACCUCCCGACUGUUUUUUCAUACCUCUUCCACCUUCUCCAGUUGAUGAUUCUCUGAGCCUCAAGACACCUCCCGAGUGUCUUCUGCUACCUCUUCCACCUUCUCCAGUUCAUGAUAUUCUCAGACCACAAACACGUCCUGUCAACUCUCGCCUGGGACCUGGUCCAUUUUCUCAAGCUGAUGAUUUUCCGAGACUGAAGACACCCCCUGAGUGUCUUUUCAUACCUCUUCCACCUUCUCCAGUUGAUGAUUCUCUAAGCCUCAAGAUACCUCUCGAGUGUCUUCUGGUACCUAUUCCACCUUCUCCAGUUGAUGAUAUUUUCAGACCACAGACACGUCCCAUCCACUGUCGCCUGGGACCUGGUCCGUUUUCUCAAGCUGAUGAUUUUCUGAGACUGAAGACACCCCCACCGAGUGUCUUUUCAUACCUCUUCCACCUUCUCCAGUUGAUGAUUCUCUCAACCUCAAGACACCUCCCGAGUGUCUUCUGGUACCUCUCCACCUUCUCCAGUUGAUGAUUUUCUGAGAGCAUAGACACCUCCCAUCAACUGUCCCCUGGGACCACGAUCAUUUUCUCCAGCUGAUGAUUUUCUGAGAUUGCAGACACCUCCUGAGCAUCUUCUCAUACCUUUUCCACCUUCUCCAGGUGAUGAUUUUCUGGGACCACAGACACCUCCUAUCAAGUGUCGCCUAGGACCGGUACCAUUUUCUCCAGCUGAUGAUUUUCUCAGACUCAAGACACUUCUCAAGUGUCUUUUGGUUCCUCUUCCACAUUCUCCAGUUGAUGAUUUUCUGAGACCACAGACAUGUCCCCUCGAAUGUCUUCUGGCACCUCAACCACCGUCUCCAGCGGAUGAUUUUCUGAGACCGCAGACACCUGCAGUUGACUUUCCCUUGGGACUCCUACCAUUUUCUCAAGCUGAUGAUUUUCUGGCAUCACAGACACCUCCCCUCAAGUGUCUUCUGGUACCUUUUCUUCCUCUCUAGUUGAUGAUUUUUUGAGAUGACUGACAUUUCCAGUCUCAUGUCCCCUGGGACCUGUACCAUUUUUCUCUAGUUGAUUAUUUUCUCUCUGUUUUGUUGUUAUUGUUUUUAUUUUUUUGUUUUAGUUAAAAUACAUAAUUCUUUUAUUUCAUAAUGCAGUAAAAGAAACUAUCAUCACAUGCACAGAAGACUAGGAAAAGGGAAACUACUUACUUCUGAAAAUCCAGUAAUGUAAACCUAUUUCUACUUGUCCAUAGUACAUGAAAGUAAUGUUUAACAUGUUUUGAAUUAAAUUUUACCUGUGGGGCUAUACAGUGUAAUUCUCAGGAGUAAUAGUUUCAUUCAUUUCCAGGUUAGAUUACUGUAUGAUUCAUUAACACAAGGCACAGUAGCCAUCUUUGUCAUUAUGUUGCAACACUCAUCACGUGCCUCUCUAAAAUGGCUGAUUUAACAAGAUGAUGGCAACACGAAGGGGAGACUUUGGAUUGUCUAUUGAAAAUCUAGGCAAUAAGUAAUUAAUAAAAACUCUAUCUGAAGUGUACUUUCACAUACUUUCUGUUUAUAAUAAACAACAAACUUCCUAACUUUGUUGCAAUAGGCUUGACUACCAUUUCAUUUUGCCAAAUGCACUUUCCCCAGUAAACUUAAAAUAACAACAAGAACAAAAAUCCUUGUCCUUUCAUAUACUAAGAAAGAGGACCAGCCACUGAAACAGUUCAUUGCAAGACGCACGAAGACGACAUACUGUGGCAUGAGUUAUUUUUAAUUUGUUAUGCUGUUACUAAAGUUCUGAGGGCUGCAGUUAAAACAUUCCAAUUUCUCCCUUCCGUCUUUAUUGAUUCUCGAGGUUUUGCACAGAAAACUCUUUGGGGGCUAGAACAGCAGUAAUUGCAUCACACUGUUUUAAAGACUUCAAGUUUCAAAAGCAAAUCUUUAAAAAAUAUGUACACAGUUCCUGAUUUGAUUUAGAUACAGGGACAAAAAAGUAGCACAUGCUUGAAGGUUACAUUGUCUACAAAUAGUGGCAAUAUUUUCCUUGGGAGAGUAGUUCUCUUGGCAUAUAUUUUUUAAAUACUCAAAAGGCUCAACCUCAAGCAGUAAUAAACUCAAGCAAAAGUGAUUUUACCCUUAAAAUAAAUAUUCAGAAAAACCUCUCUGUACAUACAAGCGAAAAAAUUUGUAACGCUUUCACACAAAAAAUAUUAUAAUAAUAAUAAAGGAUUUGUUCAUAUAUGUAGCUGAAAUGUGCUGUUCCAACCCUCAUGUCCCCAAUAAAGAAGCGAGGCACAGACACAGGUGACUACUGUGGUUCUCUGUCUUACAGUCUUUUUGUACUGGGACACUAUCUCCACCAAAAAUUUAUCCCCGUUGUUAUAUUUUUUUAAGGUUUUAAAUUUUUUUCUUCCUUUUUUUAUUUCAUUUUGUUUUGUUUUACAGCAUGCCAAAUCCUUUGGCAUAUGUGAUGGCCUUCAACAAUCUCUCUUUAAGUUUUUCCUUCCUUGAAUAUUCCGGAAGUAAAAGCACAUUAAAGCAAGUAUGAGAUGUAGGUAACCAUUCUUGUCUGGGCCAUUUUUGGGUAUAAUCAUCUUUAAUUUUCCUAGUCCUCCCGCAGGUGCUCUGUCUGUGCCCAUUUUAAACUGCAAGAAGAGUCUUUUAUGUUUGUCUGUAAAUGAAUUAACAAUUUCCCAGAACUUCCUAAUCAGAUCAGAGUCCCUGGUAUAGACACUGUCAUAUUCUGUAGUUUCUUCUAGUGCUUGGAAAUGUAGAUUCUGGUUUCCACAUAUAAACAAUUCAAUUUCUUCUGUUCUGAGUAAGUACUUUAAGGGAGAUUCACUGGUCACCAUAUGAAAACCUCUCCGAAAAGCCUUGAACUGUUUUUCUACUGAUUUAUUGAGAAUGUAGUCAGAAUAAAGAUUAACAAAUUCCUUCCUGUUUUCAUUUGUCAUUGGAAUUUUAUCACCAUUUUCCUUUGGUCAUACAUCAUUGAGUUACCAAAACUGUCUGUGAUAUCUGGAAAGUGCUCAUCAUGUCAUCUUCCACAUUCCCUUCAUAAUCCAAUAAAUCUUUAAAACUCUGAUAUAGAACUGGGUGAGAGUCUCCCAAGUCAUGAAAAGUUCCUUCUUUCCCCAUUAGCUUCUUGUAGACAACCAUGGGAAAAUGUACAUCCAGUAUACAGUUAUUGUAAAUAGCCAGACCCAGUACUAUGCCAAUCAGAGUAAACUGACCCUCAGUUUCAAGAGAAGAUGGAUUAAACCAAAACAAUUCUGUAGAUUCAUCGUAUGUGAACAUACCAGUAUCUGGAUUGAAGAUUUCCUCCACAAUCAGCUGAAAAAAUUCUUUGGAAACACCUCCCUCAUCAACUCCUUGUUCUCAUUCAAAUUCCACAUACAACUGCUUCUUCCAGUCUGCAGGAUUUUCCAUCACGAUCAGCUCUAGCCAGACAAGUGCAUCAUCUAUGAUAUGGUCACAUCUAACUUUGAGUCUCAAAUAUGGAUUCAACUGCUGUCCUUGAACUAAGCUGUAGAGAAUAGUGAGUCUUUGUUCACUGUACAUGUGAAUUCUAUUGUCAUAAUAUAAUCCCGAAUUCUUUGUGACAGCAUUCAAUAUAAAGGGACAUGUCAUAAAAGAA